AUGCACUACGACGAUAUCGCCUACCACCCUAAAAAUCCUACCCCGGGUAUUAUUGUUAACAGGGUCAAUGGGUCCGAUGUUUAUAAGGGUGUACCCAAACAUUAUACCGGCGCUGACGUUACACCAGAGAACUUUUUAGGUGUACUCCGUGGGGACCAGGAGUUGAGUAAAAGGGGUAAAAAGGUUAUCCAAAGUGGACCCGAUGACCGUAUAUUUGUUUUUCUUGAGGACCAUGGUCAAAAAGAGUUUGUACUGUUCCCUAACAGUGUACUACACGCCAAGGAUUUAAAUGACGUGCUCAUCAAUAUGAGCAAGGACAAUAAAUUUGAAUCGCUUAUGUUUUACUUGGACGCUUGUUAUUCAGAAUUGGAGGGUUUGUUAAGCCGUCGGAAACUAAUGGAUAAACAGAUCGAGGAAUACGUGAAUGAAUUGCCGGCAAUUGACGCCAAUAUCGCAUUGAAUGGCAAACUAGAGCUCAAUCACAGAGAAUGCUAUCGAAAACUAAUCGACACUUUCAAUGAUAAUUGUUAUACAUUGGGACAGAAUCCAUACGUGUUGUCAAAACUGCAAAUAUUUGUGAAUAUUUGCGAACAAAUGCGUGACUCGAGUGAUGCGGACAUUGCUGUCAACCGAUUGAUACAAUAUUGCAAUAAAACUGUUGAAAAGGAUGAUAAAAUGAUUUGA